AUGGAGCGUCCGGCGACCGGCGUGACCUACCAGCGGUUCCCGCGCGUGAAGAUCCGCGAGCUCAAGGACGACUACGCCAAGUUCGAGCUGCGCGACACCUGCGCGAGCAUGGCCAACGCGCUCCGCCGCGUCAUGAUCGCCGAGGUGCCCACCGUCGCCAUCGACCUCGUCGAGAUCGAGAGCAACUCCUCCGUCCUCAACGACGAGUUCAUCGCGCACCGCCUCGGCCUCAUCCCGCUCACCUCCUCCGCCGCCAUGGGCAUGCGCUUCUCCCGCGACUGCGACGCCUGCGACGGCGACGGAUCCUGCGAGCACUGCUCCGUCGAGUUCCACCUCGCCGCGCGCGCCACUGACUCCGGGCAGACGCUCGAGGUCACGUCCACCAAGGACCUACGCUCCACCGACCCCAAGGUAUGCCCCGUCGACCAGGCCAGGGAGUACCAGCAGGCCCUGGGCAACAUCGACCCCUACGACGGCGACCCCCAGGGAGACCACAGGGGCAUACUAAUUGUUAAGCUGCGUCGUGGGCAAGAACUCCGUCUUCGAGCAAUUGCUAGGAAAGGAAUCGGAAAGGACCAUGCCAAGUGGUCCCCAGCUGCUACUGUGACCUUCAUGUAUGAGCCUGAUAUACGUAUUAAUGAAGAACUCAUGGAGACACUUACACUUGAGGAAAAAACAAGCUGGGUGGAGAGCAGCCCUACAAAAGUAUUUGACAUUGAUCCUAACACCCAACAGGUUGUGGUUUCGGAUCCAGAGGCAUACACAUAUGAUGACGAGGUGAUCAAGAAAGCAGAGGCCAUGGGGAAGCCAGGACUGAUAGAGAUCAAUGCCAAGGAGGACAGCUUUGUGUUCACCGUGGAAACAACAGGCGCCCUCACAGCCUACGAGCUGAUUAUGAACGCCAUCACGGUGUUGAGGCAGAAGCUGGACGCUGUUCGUCUGCAAGACGAUGAUGCGGAUCUUGGUGAGCUUGGCGCCCACCUUUGAGGAUAUAUCUGUCCGCUGCUCUGGCUCUCUGCACUGUGUAGGCUUUAUCUAACUAGCUGUGUUAGUGGCAAGACGUGAUGCCUAUCUUCGAAUGGAUGUCCCAAGUACCAGAACUCUAAUUAUCUUGUAUCCCUGCUGGUUUGAUGCCAUGACCUUGUGUGUUGGAACUAAGGAGAACCGUGGACACACUGUGGCUAGCUGUGGUUGAACAGAUGGAUGGAUCGCUGGUAACCUUGUCUGCUAUGAUUGUUUCUUGCUCUUA